AUGAAAUCCUGUCAAAAAACUGAAGGAAAACCAGAAAAUGAGAGUGAACCAAAGCUUGAGGAAGAGCCAAAGCCUGAGGAAAAGCCAGAGGUGGAAGAAGAGCCAGAAGAGGAGGAAAAAACGGAAGGAACUUUUAGAGAAAGACUGAUUCAGUCUUUGCAGGAAUUUAAAGAAGAUAUACACAACAGGCAUUUAAGCAAGGAAGAUAAGUUUAGAGAAGUGAGUGAAAUAGAGGAGAUAAGGAGAGUAAGAAACAAACUUAUAGUGAUGCGUUGGAAGGUUAACCGAAACCAUCCUUAUCCCUAUUUAAUGUAG